AUGCCGGAAGUCGACAUGACGAGACGCAACAAGAAGCCAAGGUUAUUGCAUGAAAAUGAAAGGGCGCGGCUAGAGGAGUUUAUUGACUCUAUCGGCUACUCAGCAAGAUAUUCGGAUUCCGAAUAUGAAUACCGACAUGUUCAGCUUCCCAAAGCGAUGCUGAAGGCCAUUCCGAGAGACUACUUCGACGAGUCUAAGGGCACACUGAAGCUCUUGUGGGAAGAGGAAUGGAGAGGAUUGGGGAUCACCCAGAGUCUGGGAUGGGAACAUUACGAGGUGCAUGAGCCUGAGCCACACAUUCUACUAUUCAAACGUCCCAUCGGCUAUCAGCCUCCCGCUCAAUGA